UAAGUAUGACCGCGGUAUGGCGUUGACGUACCAUCUUAUACCCAUAGACUGUAUGAUAGUGGUUGCAGUACUUGUAGUACUGUGGGACUUGCUGCUCUUAUAUUCCAAGCUUCUCAGCCUCUAAAUGCACACAGCGGUAGUGUGGCUUGCUUGGCUGGCCAACACGCGACCUGGGACCGAAGCAUAAGAACUUAGAAUUGCCCACAAAAGGGUAUCGCUCUGACAGAAGACUUCACUGAGUAACCAACACUGCGAAAUAUCUACCUGAUUUAUCAGUCCAACCCACACAUACUGCUGAUGUCUUUCCCGACCAAGCAAGCGUUCGUCCACUACGGCGGCUGGGAUGAUGAAACGCGGACCCAUGAAUGUGUGAAGUGGAUGGAAGAAUACACUAAUGCAAUCGAUGCUAAAGCCUGGGACAAGGAGCCAUACUCCAACUGGCUCGCCGCAGACCACAAACUUAUCAAGUCUACCGGCGAAGCGGUGUCUGGAGGCGAUGCUUCUUGGUCUUCUCUGAGUAAAGAGAUAUACGCACCUCUCUCUGAACAUCUCCACGAACCUCAAUUCCUCGUCAUCUGGGAGGUCAAGGACGGCUGGGAGAUGAUUGGUGUUGCUACUCUGUACUGGAACAUCGUUGCUCCUAGCCACGGAGCCGGAGUCAAGGAUAGAUUGGGCAAGGAGUGGAACGGAGCUGGCCCGGCCGCUUUCAAGUUUCACUACGUCAAACAGAGUGAUGGCGGGAUCAAACUAGCGGGAACUGCUAUAUUUGCUGAUCCUACCGCAGCAGUGGUAGCAAUGCUGAAAGGUGGGAUGAUGAAGCCGGAGGACUUGCUCAAAUAGCAGAAGUUUCCAUCGUC